ACAGAGGACAAAGCUUGUCAAGUUCCCGAAAAUGCCCAUACACGCCAGGGUUAUGAAUGUGUUGGUCAUAGAAGGAAAAUGGACAUAAGAAGUGAAAUUAUGUGCAAAAUAGACGCAUUGCUAGAUAACUAUACUUCCGAUGGUGAGGAGGGUAGACAGGCCAUCGUGAAUGACAUUCUGAGCAGCCAAAAAUUCCAAGGGAAGUUUGGGGAUGUAUUUACCAAGCACCGAAAACAAAGCAGCGAUGACAAAAUUUUGAAAUUAUUGGCUAAGGACUACAUUGCAGCAAAAAAGACAAAGAGAGCAGCAAAUUGA